CGAGCUGUCAGAGCAGCUUGUUGCGCGACCAGCUUCUUGGUAAACUAACUUGAGUUCGGCGUUAACAUCCAAACCAGUUGCCUGACAGAUCGCGUUUCGCGUGGACCGACGAGAAUGUUCGCUUCGGUUACAAAACAAGCCUUAUUUCCCCUGACCUAACGAGUCGUUUACCGCAGUUUCCAUCGAGCUCUUUUGCCGUCUGCGUGAUUUGUGGUGAAGAAACAGCACAGCAGCGGCAGGUCCUGGUAACCAGAUCCCGUACAGAAGAAAGUGCCUUCUCUGACGUUUCUUUUUGAAGCUGCUCGCCGCUCCCAUCCUACACUGUAAACAUCGCUGGCUUGGCCUCCGAAAAGAUCUCAAUUCCUCAUACUUGCCAUAGCACAAGGAAAUGACACGCUUUUUCCAUUCACUGACUUUAUUAGAUAUUGUUCCAAGGAGAGCCGUUGCCUUUAGAUAUUGCUGUCCACAACCAUCGGCUCAAGACCAUUUGGAGACCUGGAGCAUGUUCUUAUUGUCGCGCUAGUGUUGUGCACCUGGGAACAGAUGACUGAUGAACGACUUGGCAGAGAUUGACAGCUUCACUAAUAGUGGCCAUCUCCCGUGCGACUGCCACUGGGGGUCUGAAUGUGACAUCUCUAUUUAAAGGGCCUUGCCAACAAACCACAAAACUAGACACAAAACAACACAGAAAUAAGUUUGCAGACUUUUGAACCCAUAUCAACAGUCCUGCUACUGACACCGUAGAGGUUCUCAAACAGCUAUGGCUUUAAACAUCGCGUCGAUGCGAGACACGAAGUGGCUGACACUCGAGGUGUGCCGGCAGUUUCAGAGAGGGACGUGCUCGCGCAGUGACGAGGAAUGCAAAUUCGCACACCCGCCCAAGAGCUGCCAGGUGGAGAAUGGACGGGUGAUCGCCUGCUUUGACUCGCUGAAGGGUCGGUGUACGAGAGAGAACUGUAAGUACCUUCACCCACCAGCGCAUCUGAAGACGCAGCUGGAAAUCAAUGGACGCAACAAUCUCAUCCAGCAGAAGACUGCAGCAGCGAUGCUGGCGCAGCAGAUGCAGUUCAUGAUCCCUGGCACCACCAUGCAGCCAGUGUUUCUUAUGUUGUCUUCUUCACAGCCUACAUUUCCUGUCAGCCAAGGUCUGGGCUCGAACCCUGGAUUGAGUUAUGCGCCAUAUCUGACUCCCAUGAGCCACGGCAUGGGUCUGGUCCCCACAGAGAUGCUUCCCAGCACCCCUGUAAUCGUCCCCGGCAGCCCGCCGGUCAGUGUGCAGAGCUCAUCCUCCACACAGAAGCUACUGCGCACAGACAAACUCGAGGUGUGUCGUGAGUUUCAGCGGGGCAACUGCGCACGUGGCGAGACUGACUGCCGCUUCGCCCAUCCUAGCGACAGCCCGAUGAUCGACACGAGCGACAACACGGUCACCGUGUGCAUGGACUACAUCAAGAGCCGCUGCUCGCGCGAGAAGUGCAAGUAUUUCCACCCUCCGGCGCACCUGCAGGCCAAGAUCAAAGCAGCCCAGCAUCAGGCCAACCAGACUGCCGUCGCAGCGCAGGCCGCCGCUGCAGCCAUGACUCAGUCGACUGCCAAAGCAAUGAAGCGACCCCUCGAGGCAUCUGUAGAUCUGGCGUUUCCCCAUGGAGUCCUGCAGCCCCUACCAAAGAGACAGGCACUAGAAAAGAGUAACGGGGCCACCACGCUCUUCAACCCUAGUGUCUUGCACUACCAACAGGCUUUGGCCAGCGCACAGCUUCAGCAGCCCACCGCUGCGUUCUUUCCCACAGGGUCAGUUCUGUGCAUGGCUCCUGCUAGCAGCAUUGUACCCAUGAUGUACAGUGCUACGCCUGCUACUGUCUCUGCAGCAACAACUCCUGCCACAAGUGUCCCCUACGCAACAACAGCACCAGCCAAUCAGAUCAUCUUGAAGUAAACCACAGAAGAGGAACAACGGGGUGUCAGGAAGCUGCUUUGAGAAACCCAAAGAGAUCCCAGUGUAAAUACGACCUGCCCUCCUCCCCUUUAGAACUACAGCAACCUGCAUGCUAAAGCGUAACACACAGAACACAAAAACACACGCCGUAUACCUGUUAUGCUCGGAAAAGUGACUCAACCGGUUUCUAACUUAAAACAACGAGACUAGAAAAUAUAUAUGAGUAUAUAUAAAUAUAUAUGUAUGUUAAUGUACAGCACGUUUCAUAGAGGCAUAAGUGAGAUUUCAUCUGAAUGAUCGGUCACCCGUCAGAUAAUGUGUAUUUUUCUCCCAUAGUUGAUUUAAAUACAAAUGCACAAUGAGUGGGCGAUGAGCUAGGAAACACACACUCAGAUAGUUUGCACUGUCGGAUAUAGUGCUUAAUAAUAAGUGCUUGAUUGUCUUGAACGGGAGGACGUCUCCUGCAGAGUAUGUCUUAAACAUCCCCAUGCACCCUCUAGAUAGGGGAAGGAGGGAUUUUGUUUCUUGUUUUAAUUCACAAAAACACCGAAUGUCACACGGCGGACACACAGAAGAUUGUCUAAUGGUCAAAAUGGGCCUCCCUUCUUGGACUCGAGCGGUCUUUCGGAAAGAUGUUAUUCCCAACUCUUCAUCCCCACUGGCCAAAGAAAGGUUUACAAGGACACAAAGCGCAUACCAGUCGAAAACCUGUCAGCGUCGCAAGAGCGAAUGUGGCAAACCGCGUGCCAUGCAACCACGUUUCUGUCUGCGUCUCUGCUAAAGGACUGUGUUUUACUCCUUUCUUUUUUGUUUUUAAAUGGACGCUGAAUGAUUUUGAUGUGUCUGUGGAAACACUGGCCAUCAGGGAGUCGACUCUGGCUUCUAUCCCGUGCCAAGGGCUUACAUUAAACUGGAGAGCUGCUGUAAACAAACUCGUACACACUCAUACACGAGAUGGACUUCUCCAAAUUGUCUGGGGCCUGUUUGUAGUCCCACUCACACAGUGCCCAGUGAGCAGAAAUGACGAGGGGGAAACGUUGCAGUAGACGAUCUUUGACACGUUGUGAAUGGAGGGUGCUGUGCUCUCGCCGAUAAUCCUGUUUUAUUUGAUAAACAGUAGAAGUGCCUAAAAAAAUAUAUUUUACACAGCGAGCAUCUUGAGAAGAUGAUUUUAUGUGGGGUUGGGGGUUAUAAAAACAUUCAAAGCAAAGCUCCCGAAAUGAUUUUGGCCAGACGAGUGAUGAAAACAAAACAGAAGUUAAAUGCAUUUCAUGCACAUCAUGGUCUGUUUCAUUACACAAUGUUGAUGUUGCUAGAAUCGGUGCGAGACGGCGGAGGCAGAAUGUUUGUUUUGUUGUACGGUGUUAGCUUUUAUGCUUUCUUGGAGUAGCUGACUUUGGAAAUGUAAGGACCUUGGAGCUCAAUGUCUGUAACACACGUGAAGUUUUGAGUUUGGUAAACGAUUGUCAUUGCGGUGUGUUCUUAACCAGUU